AUGUUGAACGGCUAUGAUUGCAGCUGCACAAGACAAACAGCGUCUGCAACGGACAUAGCAUCGAAAAGUAGCUCCCACUCGCUAUGGUUCACCUUAGACGACUUCGAUAUCGGCGGUGUUCUUGGCGAUGGAGCGCAUGGUAGAAUAUUUUUAGCAAGGGAACGCAGAACUGGGUUUAUCUGUGUUUUAAAAUGUAUUUCAAAAGCUCAACUCGUUGGAACGGGUCAGGAAUCGAUGUUUAAGCGUGAAAUAGAGUUGCAUUCUCAUCUACGACAUCCAAAUAUUUCAUGUUUGUAUACUUGGUUUACUACAAAGACGAUGAUAUUUAUGGUGAUUGAGUACUGCCAUAACGGAGACCUCUACAGUUACUUGAUGAGGAAGAAACGCAUACCUGAGAAGGAGGUGUGUGAAAUUAUGUUCCAAGUCAUCUGGGCUCUAAGGACUUGCCACGACAAGCACAUUGUUCACCUUGAUAUAAAGCCUGAAAAUAUCCUCCUAGACCAAAACAACGUCGUUAAACUCGCUGAUUUCGGACUCUCUGCACAUAUCAACUUUUCCAAAAACAAUUCCACCACCAAACCCGUCAACGGUGUAAAUAAUAUAAAUGGAAACUCAAACACUGGAAAUGGAAACACAAAUAAUAUAAACGGAAAAGUGAAUGUGGAUGAUGAAAAUUUGAAUUUUCUAAGAGGAACGUACGAUUAUUGGUCACCAGAGCAAUGCACAUAUAAAUAUAAUAGUGAAAAGAAAUUCGGAGAGUUUGGACCUAAAACAGAUAUUUGGACCAUUGGCGUACUGGCCUUUGAGCUUUUUUUCGGCCUUUCACCUUUCGGCUCAACAACUGAAGAAAGGCUGGACGUAGUUUUAGAACGUAUUCAAACGCUCGAGUGGUUUGAAUUUUGGCAAAAAAAGUACAAGAACCUUUACCUGAAUGAGAUGUCCAAUGAGUUUCGCGACUUUCUCGACAAGUGCUUCAUAAAGCAGUCUCACCUUAGGCCUGACGCAUCUCAACUGCUUCAGCACCCAUGGAUUAAAAUGUACAAUAUUCAUCGAUUUACAGAUUCCGUAUUUCUCAAUCAACCCAGAACAUAG